GAUCACUUAAUCCGGCCAUGCUUAAUCCGGCCAUGCUUCUCACUGAAGUGAAUUUACUGAGAGACCGCCAACGUGCGUUUCCUCAAUAUUCUUUUCAGUAAAUUAACUCCUCCCACUCGAAAUCCUCAAGCUUUUCCCUCAUUGGCCGAUUUGUGAUAUUCCGCCAUAUUCAAACUUCCGCCGUCACUUUUGGUUGGAUUGAUCGAUUUACUACAGAUUUCUUUCUUUCUUUCAUCCAUCGUUGCAAUUUCCAUUGUUUUGAAUUAGCGAUAUUAGCUAGCUUCCUACUACACCCAACCUCUAAAAUGGAGGAGUCAGAGGUGGGCGAAUUAUCUGUGGAAGACGAGCCGAAGAGACGAAGGAUUUCCUUGAAGAGAACGUCCACGGUCAACUCGGAAACCUCCCCCGCCACUGUCAACAACUCCAAAAAACCUCCACUGUGCCGAGGGAGUUCCUUCACCUUUCUGACUCCAGGAACACCAUGGGACUUCAGUCUGAAGAGGAAACAUAAAGAGCCCAAGGAUGAUGACACUGUCAGUCUGUCCAGCUUUGACCUCAAAGUAAAGAGAAAACGCAAAGAGAAAAAGGAGGAUGAUGACACCGUCAGUCUGUCCAGUUUUGACCUCAAAGAGCCCAGUAACAAGCGUGUGCGGCCACUGAGCCGGGUGUCAUCUCUGGCUAACCUGAUCUCCCCUUCCAAGAAUGGAGCCGUCCGACGCUUUGGUCAAACCAUCCAGAACAUGUCACUGCGGGGUGACAGCAAGUCGCCGGGGACGUCCCUGAAGUCGUGCAGUAAGGCAGCGGGCCCAACACCUCCCAAACGUAGAAACAGCACUCUGUGGUCUGAAACACUGGACGUUCACCAGAAGAGCACCUUCUCCACCAAAGAGAUUAAGAGACAGGAGGCCAUUCAUGAGCUAUCCAGAGGAGAACAAGACCUUAUUGAAGACCUCCAAAUGGCACGAAAGGCAUAUCAUGAUCCCAUGCUGAAGCUUUCCAUCAUGACAGAGGAGGAGCUAACUCAUAUAUUUGGAGAUCUGGAUUCUUACAUUCCACUUCAUGAAGACUUGUUGGAUAAGCUUGCAAAGGGCACUGGUCCUAAUGGAACAGUUGGUCAGAUUGGACAGAUCGUCGUGGACUGGUUGCCAGGUCUGAAUGCGUACAGAGACUAUUGCAGUAACCAGCUGGCUGCCAAGGCCCUGUUGGACCAGAAGAAGCAGGACCGGAAGGUGCAGGACUUCCUGCAGCGCUGCCUGGAGUCUCCCUUCAGUAGGAAGCUGGACCUGUGGAGCUUCCUGGAUAUACCCAGGAGCCGGCUGGUGAAAUAUCCCCUACUGCUGAGAGAGAUACUGAGACAUACACCACCAGAUCACCCUGACGUUCCCUGUCUGGAGAAGGCGAUAUCCAUCAUCCAGGGUGUGCUGUCUGACAUCAACAUGAGGAAAGGAGAGUCAGAGAGUCAGUACUACAUUAAUAAGCUGGAGUAUCUGGACGACAGGCAGAGAGACCCGCUCAUCGACAACUGCAAGACCUUGUUGUGUCACGGAGAGCUACGCAACAAGAGUGGCUCGAAACUGCACGUGUUCCUGUUCUCUGAGCUGCUGGUGCUGACGAGGCCGGUGACACGUCACGAGCGGAGCUGCUACCAGGUGUACCGUCAGCCCCUCCCCAUCAGAGACCUGGCUCUGGAGGACCUGCAGGAUGGAGAUGUACGCAUGGGAGGGUCAUUCAGAGGGGCCUUCAGCCAGGGGGAGAAAGCUAAGAACGUGUUCCGCGUGACCUCCCUGGACCCGACCCACGGCCAGUCUCACACUCUGCAGGUCAACGACGUCUUCCACAAGCAGCAGUGGCUCAACUGUCUCCGUAGCGCCAUCGACGCUCAACCUCAACAGCAGAGGGCGCCACUCAGACAUCAGCACAAUGAGGCUACAACCAUGACCAGGGCCAAGCGUCGUUCUUCUGUGGUGUCCAUGUCUGAUAUGGUGGGGGAAGGGGCAGAUGAGAACGUCUGGCACCAGGUCGGUGAGCCAAUCCUUGGGUGUAAAGGCACAGAGACACUCCCCGCGUCUGGUUCUUCAAGUAAAAUCAAAAGAGAGUGGCGCCGUGGUACGCAGCGCAGGAGGAAAGAGACCGGGGUUUAGGAGAACGGAAGAGUCCACGGAGCCUCGUGGGAUGUCUACACCUUCAUUCAUUUGUAUUUUUACUGUGUCUUCUUCUUCUAUGGUGUUAUGUUGGACUUCUUACUUGUGAUAUUAAUGUGUAGGCUACUUGUUUGUGAAUUUCCAUGACACCUGUCUGUCAAGUAGUGAUUUUGCAUAAAAGAGUAUGUCUGACAAUAGCAGUGAUGUACCAUGACGACCAUGUAGUAAGCUAUGUCAAAACCGUCCAAUCACAUCCGUCCAGUCUGUGCACUGCAAACCAAUGAAAUUGAAGAGUUCUGUAAAUUUCAGGAGAAAAAAAGGUAUUGGUUUACUUUACAGGGGAAUGAUAUUUGUCAACCAAAUUGACUAAAAAUGGUUUACAGCGAUUAUGAGAAUUAGGAUUUUACACUUUUUUAAAAAACUUUUUUUUAAUAUACAUGUUAAAAUGACUAACUCUUUUUUUAUACAAAAUAGCACUGUUUUAGCUCUUAGAAUAAGAAUAUAUGUUGCUUGGAACUGGAAUUUAUUAACCACUUGAUUUGAUAAGUCAUUAUUUCUACAGGGUUGGUCAGUGUGUCCUUCGUUACUAUUAAAAAGGCCUGUGCUGGCUUUGUUGAGACGUUUCUCUGUGUCCCAAAUGACAGCCUAUUCCAUGUUUUUUUUUGGGGGGGGGGGGGGUUCAGAGCCCUAUGUGCCCUGGUCAAAAGUAGUUACACUAUAUCGGGUUAUGGGGUGCCAUUUUGAGACUGGAGCCUCUUUCCAUGCAGCACCAUGUGUUGAGGUUGAUCUUCAGUAGUGUACACAGUGCAGACCACAUGCAAAUAUUAGUCAACUGUCUGAUGUGUUGUUGUGGAGACAAAGGUGACAAAGGAUGAAAUGAGUAUGUUGUUAUGAGAAGGCUCGGUAACUUGUGUGCCGAUUCUCUACCCUCCUUCACAAGGAAGUGUUCACUCUCUCACAUUUUAAAAGUCUUGGAUUAGUGUAAGUACGGCAGAAGGAAGUUUCAAACAUAUUCUUUAAACCAGCCCGUUCCUUUUAAAUCCGUGAAGGAGAGUGCGCAAGUGUAGGGUAUGAAGGCACGCCUGGAAAGAAGGGUAGAGAAUUGGACUGCAACUGAGUUGUAUUAAUGGUGGGAACGUAAAGGUUUCGGAAUGGGUUCUCUUGAGAACUGGUGGUGAGAGAAGCACGAAACUGACACCACAAUCAACCACAAGUUAUGCUGUGUGCAAAGAGGGGGGAAAGUAUCAUUGGAAUGCUUUGUAUGGAUAGUGAAAAGGGAAAGACCAAUUAAAGAUUGUGAGGGGAAAAUCUGUGAGAAGCUACCUGUGUUCCUUUUCAAUUAAAAAUAAAGAGCUUUGAUGUUUGACU